GGAAAACACCAGACAGAACUAUUGCAAUUGCCCCCGAUGGCCCUUUUCCCCCGUGCCAGGAUAGGGCAGGUCAACGAGGCCCUUCCGACUAGACGAAAUAAACGAGCACGGACAAGAAGGCCCCAGCCCAACUCUCUUAUUUAUUCUUUCUCAAUUAUUCCGAAGGAAGAGAAGCCAAAAUACACGAACUGCAUUCCAAAAGCCAGGGGACCUUUCUCUCCAAACAAGACUUGCGAAAGGCUUUUUUAUCGGACCUUCAGCCUCUGGGCAAAGGAGGAAAUAGUGCCGAUCGAAAGGGAAAUGAGAUCAGUUCCCAACCCAUUGCAGAACUGGGCUUGGUUUCGGCUGCCCGGCGAUAUAGACAGUCCGGUGCCGUAGCUCGGGCUUCCUCCUUCCGCAGACAGCCAUGGGGUGCCGGACUGGGCUGCUAUAUGUCUGCUUAGCGUUGCAGUUGAUGGGGGCACAAGCGAGUAAGGACCGCGGGGAAGAGGCUGAAAGUGCGGAUUUCCUGAGCCACCGGCAGUACGAGCAUUUGCAGAAGCAGCUCGGGGCCGUGCAGGACGUUUCCCGCCGGUACUGGCACUUGCUGGCCUGCCAGGUGUGGCAGGAAGGCUGCGAGGAAGAGGAGGAAGGGAGGACGCAGCGCGAGGAAGAGAAGGAAGGCAGCAGAGGCAUCCUGGGACAGCACGAUUGGAAGUUACCCAUGGUGACUGAAUUAGUCUCAACCUGGUACUGUGGUUUUGGCAGGUGCUGCCCAACAGGAGACUGCAGAGUGGUCAACAAUAUCACAGGCUUGGAACUGGUUCUGAGCAAACGACUCCAUGGCCAGCAUUUGGCCAAAAAAAUUGUCCUGAAAGCCAUUCAAGGUUUCUUGGAAACACCACAGCCAGAGAAAGCACUAACUCUUUCUUUUCAUGGCUGGUCUGGUACUGGCAAGAACUUUGUAGCUCGUUUAAUGGCAGAACAUCUUUAUCGAGAUGGCCUAAAAAGUGACUGUGUUAAAAUUUUCAUCUCAGUACUUCAUUUCCCUCAUCUCAAUUACAUGGACCUUUACAAGGUCGAGCUAACAAAACAAAUCACUGAGACAGUUGAACUCUGUGAACAAUCCUUAUUCAUCUUUGAUGAAGCAGAGAAGCUGCAUCCUGAUCUCCUCAAUGCCCUCGAACCAUAUGUGGGUCACCAUGGCAAUGCUGACAAGGUUGAUUAUCGGCGGUCCAUCUUCUUAUUCUUGAGUAACACUGGUGGAAACAUCAUCAAUAAGGUGGCCCUGGAUUUCUGGCAAGCUGGUAAAGCUAGGGAAGAGAUCACCAUGGAAUAUUUAGAACAAUUCCUGCGGAGAGACCUGCUGGAUUCCCCAGAUGCCCACAAUUUCCUUCAUCAGGAAAACCUCAUAGACUUUCUGGUACCUUUCUUGCCUUUGGAAUAUCGCCAUGUGAAGCUCUGUGCUCGGGAUGCUUUUCUUGCUCGAGAUCUACAGUUCACUGAAGAGAUGCUAGAUGAAAUUGCAAGGACGAUAUUUGCUCCCAAGGGGAAGGAAUUAUUUUCUGCUCAAGGUUGCAAAUCAGUAUCUCAGCGUAUACACUAGUUUCUUCUUUGACAGGGGAAGGUGAAGAUGAUUGCAAUUGAGUUUGUUCUCUUUUAUCUUAUACAAGGGACACAUAUUUUAUUUAUUACACUAACUAGUGUAAUAUUACCUUCGUUCCCCAUAUUAUUGGGGUUGCCCAGCUAAAAAAGGUAAGAAAACUCCAUUAUGGAUAUGGAAUCUACAUGAAUAGUAUUACUGAAAUAGUAAUAUAUCCAGAGUAUUUUUCCAAUACUGGUUACAAAUGAUGCUUUUGGAUCACAUAUUGUUAUCCAUUACAUUGAGUGGAUUUUCAGAUAGCCUGGGGAGAAGACCCCCAUCUAGAAGAUGUGAGAUGGACUUAAUUUUAUUUCCAGGUCUUAGAUAAUUGACAAUGAUUUGAAUCAAGCAACUUCCUAUUCUGCAUUCUUAGUGUGUGACUGGGUGAAGAGCUAUCGUAUUUCCUUACAAUGCAAUCUACCUUUUUUUCCACAAUCCUUGUGUCGAACGAAGGUAUGAAGGAAAUAUUUUGUCCCUUAUUAGAGGCCUGGUGUCAAUCUUUGUUUUAUAUAUAUUUAAUAUCAAUCUUUUAAAUAUCAUUUGACAUUGCUAAAAUUGCACUUUUCAGAGUAUACAUAUCAAAAGACAAAAUAUGUCCCAUUCUUUUUAUUAUAACUUUUACAACAGGACAUACAAUAUACUUCUAGUCCAGCACUGAAAUUGAGCAAUGAGGUUCCAGUUCUGUGAUAAGCACUCCUUGCAUAAGCCACUAUUUGCUGGUAUUGAACUUCUGUCAACCUUGUAGAUUAAAAUGUUGAGUGGAGUGUUGCUUUUGUGGGAUACUGAAGUUUGGCAUUUACAGCAGGACACUUGCUUUGUCAGAGUAAAUAUAACACAGAUUUAGCUGCCAGAUAUACUCCGUUUGUAAGAGCUAAGUACAGUAUGUACAUAGACUGACUGUACACACAAUUUAAGUUUCAAAAAUUACACAAACCUUGUGCAAAAUUGAGCCCUAUGUGGAAGACCAAGUGUCUUUGGGGCAACGUAAGUGUCCCCAGAAUCUGAUUUUAGUACAAUCCCAAUUUAGAAGAAAUGUUAGAUUAUAGAUUUUAGGGCAAAUGAUAGAAAUUGGGUUUCUUGUUCUCACAUUUUAGAAAUAAUGCUUCACAAUUGUAAAAUAAAGGUAGAUCUCACUUGGCAAUUAUCUCAAGAUGAUGAUGAAAAAGUAACUCUCAGACACAUUUGCCAUUAGAGUCAGUACAUGUCCUGUGCCUGACCUUCCCAUCACAACAACCCCCACUUAAACAAGUGAUCUUUUCCUGAACUUUCUAUCACAGUGUUUUUUCCCCCAAAAUGCUACCAGCAAGUUAAGAAGCCGAGAUCUAUUAUUUUAAUUAGCCAGUUGUCAGCUGCUGCCUGUAACUGACAAGUAUUUAGUCACUUUCACACAUUUGGUUUUUGUCUCCUAUGCUGCUGGCGGCUCAAGGCCCCAAGUAAGCUAGGCAAACAGCUGGUGCUGGUGUGCUCCUUUACAUGUGUAUUUCUCAUUGUGUAGCUGCUUACUCUCUUGUAAUCCCUUUCUUUCCAAUAAAUGUAAAUACAAACAUUAA